AUGGAAGACCCAGUCAAGGAAAUCCCCGCAGUAAUUCACCUCCUCACGCAAUCUCCGCCAUCGCUGCAGCGCGCGACGAUUGAGAAAUACUUUACGCCCGAUGCCGCCUUCUCCCACCCGUUUUGCCGUACAUGGAGCAGGCCAAACUCGAGAUGGUUGGUUGAGCGGACAUAUCGGUGGUACAAGAUUAUGAGUCCGAGAAUCGAUUGCACGGUGCAGAGUGUUGCGUUUGAUGAGAAGAACCUCAUACUUUACGUCACAAUCUUCCAAAUCUUCCGUAUCUGGUUGAUACCGUUUUACUACGCGCCGGUGCGACUUACCACCGUUUUGUACCUCCGUCGGUCGGCCUCUCCGCCCACGUAUGCUUCCAUCGCCGCUUCUUCGUCCACAUCCGCUUCCGAAACCAAACCAAAUCACUCUCUACUCGCAGAUGUGACCUCGCAGAACUCAUCCUUGCCGUCCAACACCUCGUCAAAACCCCUCUACCACAUCUCCAAGCAAGACGACCUGUACCAAGUCGACCAGUGGAUCCGCUUCAUUGCACCGGGCGCGUGGAUGUUGAUCUGGUUGUGGCAGGUCUGGGCGACGAUAUUCUGUGUUGCGGGUACGGUGCUACUUUGGCCUGUGACGUGGGUGGAGGAGAAUUGGGGGUGGGGUAGUGUAGGAGUAGGGGGGAAAGGAGUGGCGAAGAUGGAGGUUGAGAAGGCGGGGAGUAAAGAGAGUGAGGUUAGCGUUGAUGGGUUGGAGGAGAGUGAGGUUUUGGGGAGGAGUGGGUUGAGGGGACGGAUUGUGGGGUGA